GCUACGCACCUGAUUGCCUCGGGCAAUGCGCCCACAUCACCUCACGUGAGACGAAUAAAAGCCGUGUAUAUAUAUAUCUCUUUAGUGACACGGUCGACGGCUAUUUCUCUGUUAAUCGUCUAUAGAUAUAUAAACAGCGAACGCACGUAUCAGAGUCCUGCACAUUGCACCUCUAGUGUGGCAGCUCAAAAUAAUAAACAGCCCGUUAAAAUUUUGAUUUGCGUUGGUGUGCUGAUUGUAAAUUUAUCCGCAAAACCGUAGAGCAAAGAAAGUUGUGUUGUUUUACCGACGUUCACGUGUGUUACAUGACCGUACAUCCGGCCGGUGCUGUUGCGCAGUAACAUGGCGAUUUGGAAUCUUCUGCAAUUCACGCUGUUAGUCAGCGCUGUGGGAGUUGUUCUAGCGCAGACAGGCAACAAUGGUUUUUUUCAACGACUGAUUAAACAAUCUGCGAAUACCGUAAACGCCAAUAAAGACAGGGCAAGGGCAGAAGCACGAACCCAGGCGUUCUCUACUACCACUGGAGCGGUCACAGACAACUUUCAGACGAAAUUUUCUCGCUCAAACGAGCUGUCACGAACCAGAAGUAUUCUUGGUGAAAUCAGCGAGCGCUCUGCUCGGAUGAUAUCAGAGAGUUUGUCCAUAAGUCCUCGCAAUGCCUUUAAUGAGUUGCCGAACGUCGAUAUCGGUGGAUCAAUUCUGGACAUUGAAUGUCCAUAUACGGUGCCUUUGGAUUGCACCAGAUUCUACGGGUAUCGAACUUUCGAUGGUACUUGCAACAACGAGCAACAACCUUACCUUGGCUCGGCAGUCCGGCCGUUCAAGCGCUUGUUACCACCGCACUACGGAGAUGGUAUUAGUACGCUUAGAGAUCGCCCUCCUCAAAGCCCUUUACCGAGUGCAAGAGAUGUCAGCUUAAAUGUUCACGAGACCAAGAGAGAGCUCAACUUCAAAAUAACACAGGCUGUAAAUGCAAUGGCGCAAAUCGUUGAUCACGACCUUUACAUUGACGCCAAUAGCAACAGAUGUGCUUGGUAAUGCGAUCUCGUGCUGCCCUGUACGGACCCAUGAGCAAUGUGAGCCCAUUGCUGUAAACAACGACCCUGUAUACGGAGACUGUGAGACCUGCAUGAAUUUUGUGAGAUCGGUUAUCGCUCCUAGAUCAGACUGUAAAAUUGGCCCACGCGAGCAGUUCAACCAAAUCACGGGCCUUCCUUGAUGCGUCUAUGGUGUACGGGUCAAACGUAAACAGUAGCUGAUAAUCUAAGAUCAGGCCCAAAAUGGCAUGCUACGAACCACGACUCAGCCUGACCGCAGUCGCAAAAGACCUGUUACCGGUUGACAUCAAUGACGAUUCGUGCGAGGCCGAGAAAGUGCCAUGUUUUACUGCUGGUGACAUCCGCGUUAACGAGCAGCCAGGUCUUACGAGUUUCCACACGCUACUGAUGCGAGAACAUAACCGAAUAGCGGCCCACCAUCUUAAGUCCAGGAACCGCAACUGGGACGACGAGAGAAUCUAUCAGAAAACCAGAGCAAUAGUCGGUGCCAUCGUGCAGCACAUCACGUACAACGAGUUUCUGCCGCUCGUCUUGGGCAAGGACAUGUCGAGAUACAAUUUGCAAUCGUUUUACAACUACGAUCCUAGCGUUGAUGCGACGAUCGCGAACGAGUUCGCAACGGCAGCGUACCGAUUCGGACACACUCUUAUUCGCUUGACCUGAUCAGAGUUUCUAGCAGAGACCAAAGGCACCUCGCCGCUGGAGCUGCACACAAGCUUCUUUGACCCGUCAACGUUGUACGGGAACACGGUCGUAUCGGGCCCAGAUCCGCUCGUGAUCGGACUCACUCGGCAGGUCUCGGAAGCGGCCGACGAAAACUUAGUUGACGCCGUCAGAAACAAACUGUUCGGAGAGAACCUUGACUUGGCGGCUCUGAAUAUCCAGCGUGGCAGAGAUCACGGACUGCCCGGUUACAAUAGCUACCGACAGCUGUCGGCUUCGGGUGCAGAGGCUAAUCGCAUUUCGGAAUUCAGCGAGAUUCGCGGGA